GUAGCAAUCAAAAUCACAGUCAACAGUCAACACCGUCUUGCGACAGUUGAAACAAUGGCUUUUCGCGUGCUCGUAUUUUUUACCAUAAUCGGCCUAGCGCAAAUAGCGCAAUGCAAAUUGCUAAGUUUGUCGUGUCAGCAAAUUCACCAAUUCGUGGAUGGUCACAAUUCCAGGCGACUUGAAGUAGCAAAUGGGAAAACUCCCGGCCAACCAAGCGCUGAAAAGAUGAAGUCUAUGAUUUGGGACGAAGAAUUAGCCACCAAGGCCGCAAAUUGGGCUUCCACAAACCCUUCAGGUCACAACCCUGAUAGAACAGUCGGCUCCGGAAAAUACCAAACCGGCGAAAAUCUCUACUGGUAUAUGACCUCAGACAAAUCAUACAAAUUGAACGUGGACAACGCUCUAAAGUCAUGGUUUGAAGAGUACAAAGACUAUACAUAUUCACCCAUGAAGGGGUCUGAUUUUACAGGCAAGAAGCAAAUUGGACACUACACGCAGAUGGUUUGGUCCGACUCAACACACGUCGGUUGCGCAGUGGCACAGAAUCACGACGGGCACUGGAACAAGUUCACAGUCGUCUGCAACUACGGACCAGCUGGCAAUUGGAUGGGUCAAGUGCCGUACAAAAGUGGCCAUGGUACCGGGAAACUAGUGUGCGGCGCUGGCGAUUGCUCAAGACAAUAUGGAAGCAAAUGCUGAACGCUCAUUGGCUGAAACGACACGUGUUUUGAUUGGUUAGUUUGGGGGUCUUGAAAUUUUUGUACGUUUUAAUAUUUGUAUUUCGGCUACCAUCGCUCUAUCAUGGUACCGCUGACUACUUAGAUUAUUAUUUAAAUACUAGUUAACAAUACCAUAUCAUGGAUCAAAGAUAAGUAAAGCUACCCAUUUCACGGUACUGUUAGCUGCAUUUUCGUGGCCCGCAUAGAAAAUAUUUGAAAACCCCUGAGUUAGCUAACUUUUGGAUAUUUAAAGUUACAUUUUUUCUACACAUGCGGUCGUUAAAAACAC